AUGAAGACGGGUCUCACUCCGUUGGUACUGUGUGCAGCUCUGUUGAUCUCGUCAGCGGCGGCAGGUGGGGAGACCAAGACCGGCGUGGGAGCGUCGAAAACGUCAACGGGUCUGGACACAGGAGACGCGUACCUGGGCGCGGUGGACGCGAACCAGAAGAACAGUUACGAUUUCAAAUAUGUUAACAAGGAUAGCGAUACGUCUGAGCGUGAUGGAACUCUCGGUGACUCAGUCGUCGCCGGUAAGGAAACAGACGCCUCGGCAUCGCCGGGUGUUGUGACGUUGUCCCCCGAAUUGAAGAAGGAAGCGGGUAUUGACAAGGGAGCGAUGAGCACCGCCGCGAGCGCUGCUACGGGUACAUCCGUCGAACAGGGUGUCACUGGAAGCACCUCUGGUCCUCAGCUGACCCCAGCGACGAAAUCGGACGGUGAUCCCAAGGCCACGAAAGGAGGAUCGGCACCGACGCCGGCACCAGCACCAGCACCAACCCCGGCACCGGCACCGGCACCGACACCGGCGAGCACCCCGGCAAGUGACGAAACCGAUGCGUCGAAGGAAACCGAGGAAUCGUCGGACGCCCCUCCGUCAACGCCGGCGACACCAACUUCGGGCGGUGAGCAGUCGAAAUCGAAGGACACUCAGGAGUGGACGAACGCUCCUCAAUCGACGCCAGCGAGCACUCCAGCUACCGAUGACGACCAAUCCGGCGAUGACGACCAGUCCGGGGAUGAUGAACAGUCCAAGUCAACGGACACCCAGGAAUGGACAAAUGCUCCGCAGUCGACGCCAGCGAGCACCCCAACUACAGACGACGAUCAAUCAGGAGAUGAUGAGGAAUCAAGCGAUGCCUCGGAGUCAUCGGACACUCCGCAGUCGACCCCAGCGGCCACUCCUACGACCGACUCGUCGCAGUCAAAUAACCAGUGGACACCUGCUCCGAACCAAUCGAACAACCAGCAACCUACUCAGGCUCCUAACAACGAGGCACCACAGCCGACUCAGCCCCCUCAAGCUUCAAACAACGAAGCACCCCAGCCAACCCAACCCCCUCAAGCCUCAAACAAUGAAGCACCACAGCCGGCACAGCCUGGUCAGAAUUCGCACUGGCAGGGUAAAUGGGGAGACAACUCGCAAACUCCCGCCAAUAACGGAAGCCAGAACUCGAACGGGCAAGGCGGCUGGGGGUCUGCCACUCAGACCCAGCCUACGCCUGCUCCAUCGACGCCCUCCGACUCAAGCCAGGAGUCGAACCGCGAUUCUCCUGUUCCUACUGAACCUACUUCCUACGCGAGUACACCUGCCACAGCUCCGUCUCCUCCUGUAUCGAACUGUAAGGUUCGCCGCGCGAGGCACUGA